AUGUCUGCAGCUUCUGUAGCGACGUGGAAGGCGGCACCUUCCCCGGCUUACGGAGCCUGGGUUGAAGGGCGCGUGCGAACAUGCCUGACAAACCUCGAGGCGCGAGCAACGGAAGAGGUCAAUGCGCGACGCAGGUCUAUUGAGCGCGACCCUUCAAAAACUGCUGACAUCCUCAAGCAGGGCUCUGCGCUUGCGGAAACGAUCAAAGGCCUCAGCGGGGUCUUGGACCGGCACACUGCCUGUCUCCGCGCCGCGCGUGCAGGAAAGUUUUGCGAGCACGACGACUUAUCACUCCUCGGGGUGACGAGCUGCUGCGUCUGGACUCCAGGGAAGGCAGUGGAUCCAGCGACAACUACAGACACGGAAGACGGGGGCGGUCAGUUGCCCGCUCCUCCGGACGAGGCGGCUGCUGAUCGUUUCGCUUUCGGCACCGCACUCGAAGAGUGCACGCGUACUGCGGUCCGGGCGGGUGGUGGACGAGUCUCAGUGAACAUCAAACGCUCUCCCUCUCUGCACAGCAGCGCAGUAAAGACACUCGGAGACGAGAUCUUGCAGGACCAAAUGCGGGCAUGGAUGGUGGCUGUACGCCGGGGCUUUGGCAAGCCAGCACUAAUGCCGAACUUCCCCGCGGAGUUGUUCCGCAGGGUUUGUUGUUUUUUGCAACCCGUCAGCGACGUGAUCCUGGGGCCGAAGUAUCUCGCAAAUGUGGCGAUCGCGAAGCGCAGGCUCGACGUGGAAAGUGCGAUCGAGGUGGUCUUCGCGCAGUGUUUGGAAUCCGACACUCUCGUCGGUUCGGCCUCAGAAAUCCGCGGGAGCAUCCAGGUCGAUGCGUUGCCCGGGACGAGUGCGGGUGCAGGUGUGAAACGAAUCACCGUCAAGUUGGGGGGCGACAGCUGCAUGCUGGACGGUGCGAAGACGCGCUGGCCAGCUCUAGCUGAGACGUUGUUGGCGAGUUACGAUGUGUGGGAGCAAGAAAGGCAAAAAGAUCUUGCGGCGCGUCAUUCUGUCAUCCGUCCAUUGAUGGGGGAGGUGAAAUACGACGUCGUGAGCGUCAUCCUGAAGGACUACUUUGCAAAGAAAGGACUUGAGUUCAGUGUAAAGGAGAUGAAGGGAGGACACGCUUUCGGUUUGGAUUUUGCCGUCUCUUGGAAGUAA